AAGAUGGUCUUAAAGGUCCCUUCCAACCCAAACAAGUCUGUGAUUCUAUGAUCCGAUGACUUCAGUCAGUCAGGCAUUGGUCUACUACACUUUCAGCCCCGGAUGGUUUGUUUUUGGCAGCAUAUGGCAGGGAGCUCUGCAGUUUCAUUUUGGCUUUAUCAAGCAGAAGAAUCCUCUCUUUCUUUGGUUUCUUGUGUCCCUUGCCAGUGCCUGGCCCUCAAAGACCACAUUUGCGGCAUUCACUCCCACUAUUUGAGGCAGCUUCUCUGAUAUGCCUUAUGGGGUGGGUUGGAGGCUGAAGAUCAUGAAAUGAGACCACAUCUGUUGGGUAGGACUAACAGAGCGUGUCCAGAGAAGGGCAACCGAGCUGUGCAAGGGUCUGGAGCACAAGUCUGAUGAGGAGUGGCUGAGAGAGCUGGGGGUGCUCAGCCCAGAGAAAAGGAGGCUCACAGGUGACCUUCUUGCUGUCUCCAGCUCCAUGAAAGGAGAGUGGAGCCAGAUGGUGGUCAGGUUCUGCUCCCCAAUAACAACUGGCCAGGUGAGAGGAAAUGGCCUCAGGUUGCACCAGGGGAUGUUUAGGUUGGAUAUUAGGGAAAAUUUCUUUAUGGAAAGGGUUGUCCAGCCCUUUCACAGGCUGCCCAGGGCAGUGGUGGAGCCUCCAUCCCUGGAAGUGUUAAAAAAAUGUGUAGAUGUUGGACUUGGGGACAUGGUUUAGUGGGAUACCUGGCAGUGCAGGGUUAAUUGGUUGCACUUAUUGGUCUUAGAGGACUUUUCUGACCUUAAUGAUUCUGUUAUUUUAAAUUUGAAGUCCCUGCAGUGCCAUCUCCUUUCCCUGCCAUUCAUCUCUGGCUCAACCAACCCCUCACACACCAUCCCCCACUGCCUGAGCCUGGAUGGAGUCUUGGGACACUGAGCAGCGUGGAGGUCUACAAGGGCAGCCUGUUAGCAGGGGAGAUCACGGGCAUGGGUAAAUGCUCCAUGAGCCUGGAGGCCUCGAAGAAGCAUUACAGGUGAAGAGCAUCAUUCUUUUGUGUGGCAUCCUCCUCUGUCAGGGGGCUUUGAGCAGUAAUUAUGCUGAUAUAGCCUGGCUGGGAGAGGGUGCAGUUGCUUAGUUUACCACUGUGUCCCAGUCAUGGUGAUGGUUACAACCUGCUGCUCACCCCCUAAAGGUACUGUGGAGGGGAGAUGCUUUUGACUUGGCAACUCCUUUGCAACUCCACCCUGUGACUGCCAUGUAGGCUUGAUGUUCCAAGGUGGCAGUUCUUCCCCACAACCCCCUCCCAGCUCAGUAGCCCUGUUCCCAGCGAGCCAAUGGCCGGGUGGCCCCGCGCAUUAGCCUGACCUGCCAUCCCACUGAUUCCCUCCUGGCUAAUCCUGGCUGAGCCGGGCUGGGGCGAGCAGGGCUCAGCUGUCAGCCAUGGCCGCGCACACCCCGCUGCCCCCCAACCUGCGCCGGGGCUUGGUGGCGUUCAGCGGCUCCCUCUUCAUCACCAAUAAGACACAGGAUAGCGGCACUGCCCACAUCUACCAGCCAGCCCACGAGGUGCUGGCCAGCCUGCCCCUCCAGGUGAUGCUCUACUUCAACGUCUACUACUUCCCCGUCUGGUGCCUGGCUGAGGGAAUGAUGCUGCAGCUGAAGUACCACCUCCUGCCUUGGCACUACCAGUUCCUGCUGGUCACAGCCUUCCUCAUUCUCUCGCUGGCUGAGGCCUCCCGACUCUACCUGGGCUACCUGGGCAAUCUCCAGGAGAAGGUGCCUGAGCUGGCUGGGUUCCUGCUACUCUCCUUCCUGAUCCAGCUGCCCCUCCUGCUCUUCCUGCUGACAGACAGCCAGGUCAUUCACUUGCCACUGGAGAUGCCCAUGCACAGCCUGUUCCUGGCCUUCCUCCUCGCCGAGAUUGUGGCUGCCUUCCUGGCGCUGAAGACCAUGACCAAGCAGCUGGCGGCACAGUUCUACCUGCAGCAUUUCCAGGAGGGCAGGAGGGGCCGGCCAGGGGGCACAGGGGGGCAGGCAGCUGAGGUGAGGUGAUGCUGCAGGACCCCUCCAAACCAUGUAGUCAGUCCCAGUAGGGAACAUUAAAUGGUGCUUGAACCCACAGAUACUGUGUUUUUGAGCCUUGUGGAGUUCAGAGAGCAGUCCCUGGGCACGGACCUGGCCAAACCCUGCCCUGCACCAGGCUGAUACAGCCCGAGGCAGGUGGGAAUGAGGGAUCAGCCCCUCUGAAACACUCCGGCUAGCCCCAGGGCUGUGCCUGUCCUUGCUGAGCAUCAGCCCUGGCAGGAGGCAGGAACUGGGGGUGCAGAAGCCACUGCACCCCCCAGGAAGUACCAGCUCAGGGCUGGAGCCUUAAACUGGGCUCUUAAAUCCUCUCUGAGCUUCCCAGGGAUCUCCUGAGGAUCUGGGCAGCUUACAUGAAGCCAUCCCAGCUGGAAGCAUGCAGGGUGCUGCGAGGUGCGAGAGCAGCAUCCCAAAACUUGACAGCCACUCGCAGGGCUUGAGACAGAGCAGAGCCACCUCCCACUUUU